AUGUAUCGCGUAAAUAAACUGUUACAAUCUCCUUAUACUUCUCGAUCAACAUUCUUGAAACGAUUUUUGUCUAUUAAAGAAAAACCAUAUAAAUCACAACAACAACAGAAUGGAGUAAAGCCAUAUGAAAAGCGUGAAAUUAAAAAGUUACUUGUUGCUAAUCGAGGUGAAAUUGCUAUCCGAGUAUUUCGUGCUUGUAAUGAACAAAAUAUAAAGACUGUUGCAAUUUAUUCAGCUGAAGAUGAAAGUCAAUUACAUCGUAUCAAAGCUGAUGAAUCAUUUUUAAUCGGACACGGUUUAACACCAAUUCAAGCUUAUUUAAAUAUACCGGAAAUAAUUAAAGUAGCUCUUAGGAAUGAUGUUGAUGCUAUACAUCCUGGUUAUGGUUUUUUAUCGGAAAAUGGCGAUUUUGCAAAAGCUUGCAGAGAAGCUGGUAUCUCAUUUGUUGGUCCAUCACCUGAUGUUAUAUAUCGAAUGGGCAAUAAAGUACAUGCGAGAAAAGCUGCUAUUGAUGCUAAUGUACCAAUUAUACCGGGAACAGAAAAUGCAGUUAAAAAUUUAGACGAAGUUAGACGUUUUGUAGCUGAGCAUGGUUAUCCAGUUUUAUUAAAGGCUGCAAGAGGUGGAGGUGGUCGAGGAAUGCGUGUUGCUAGAAAAGACAGUGAACUAGAAGAAGCGUUUCAACGUGCCUCAUCGGAGGCAAAAGCAGCGGUGGGCGAUGGUUCACUAUUUGUCGAACGUUUUAUAACACAAUCAAGACAUAUUGAAGUACAGCGAAGACAUCAAAAAGUAAUUGAAGUUGCACCAGCAACAAAUUUGGCUGAAGACUUAAGACAACGAAUUACAGCUGAUGCCGUGAGACUGGCGAAACAUGUCGGUUAUCAAAACGCUGGAACCGUAGAAUUUUUACUUGAUAAUCAGGGUAGACAUUAUUUUAUUGAAGUAAACUGCCGCCUCCAAGUGGAACAUACGUGCUCGGAAGAAAUCACAGGAAUCGAUAUUGUUCAAUCUCAGAUAAGAGUAGCUGAAGGCAAAAAGUUACCGGAACUUGGUUUAGAACAAGAUAAAAUAAAAAUGAUGGGAGCUAGUGUACAAUGCCGAAUGACAACUGAAGAUCCAGCUAAAAAUUUUCAACCGGACGUUGGUCGAUUGGACGUAUUUCGAUCGGCUGAAGGUUUUGGUAUUCGUAUUGAUAGUGCAAGCGCGUAUACAGACGCUAUUAUUAGCCCACAUUACGAUUCAUUGUUGGUGAAAGUUAUUGCUCGUGCACGCACUCAUCAGGAAGCUUGUUCAAAAAUGGUACGAGCAUUGAGAGAAUUUCGAAUACGUGGCGUCAAAACAAACAUUCCAUUUUUAUUAAAUGUCUUACAUCAUCCAGAAUUCUUAGAGGGCUCAAUAACAACAAGUUUUCUAGAUGAAAAUCCAGGGUUAUUUAAGUUUGUACCAUCUCAAAAUCGGGCACAAAAACUAUUAAAUUACAUAUCGGAAAUACUGGUUAACGGUCCAUUGACACCUCUUGGUACCGAUGUGAAACCAUCGGUUAUCAAACCACAAUUGCCACACAUAAAAAAAAAGGAUCUUCCAGAUGGAUGGAAACAAGUAUUAGAACAGGGUGGACCAAAAGCAUUUGCCAAAGCUGUAAGAGAACAUCCAAAACCAAUGUUAAUGGAUACGACGAUGAGAGAUGCGCAUCAAAGUUUGCUUGCAACACGUGUACGUACCUAUGAUCUGAAAAAGACCGGUCCUUAUGUUGCAAAAAAUUUUUCUCAACUUUACUCAUUAGAAAAUUGGGGAGGCGCUACAUUCGAUGUUUGUAUGCGAUUUUUACACGAAUGUCCAUGGAAUCGUUUAACUGAAUUACGUGAAUUAAUUCCGAAUAUACCAUUUCAAAUGUUAUUGAGAGGAGCGAAUGCCGUUGGCUAUUCUAAUUAUCCAGACAAUGUUAUUGAUAAAUUUUGUCAAAUGUCUGUUGACUAUGGCAUUGAUAUAUUUCGUGUAUUCGAUUCACUCAACUAUGUACCAAAUUUGAAAGUGGGAAUAGAAGCUGUUGGAAAAGCAAAUGGUGUUAUCGAAGCAGCCAUUUGUUACACAGGCGAUGUAUCCGAUCCAAAUCGAAAAAAAUAUAAUUUAAAUUAUUAUAUCAAAUUAGUCGAUGAAUUAGUUAAAAUGGGUACACAUGUUUUAGCAAUUAAAGACAUGGCCGGUCUUUUAAAACCAAAAGCAACAACAUUAUUAGUUGAUAGCAUCCGACAAAAAUAUCCCGAUUUACCUAUUCAUAUUCAUACGCAUGAUACAGCCGGAACAGGGAUAGCAAAUUAUUUGGCAGCAUUUGAAGCAGGUGCAGAUGUUGUUGAUGUCGCUGUUGAUGCAAUGAGUGGCAUGACAUCACAACCAACAAUGGGUGGAUUAGUAGCUGCAUUACAAAAUACAAAACAUGAUACAGAUAUUGAUCUAUUAAAAGUAAAUGAAUAUUCGGCAUUUUGGGAACAAACACGUCAAUUGUAUGCACCAUUUGAAUGUACAACAACAAUGAAAAGUGGUAAUGCUGAUGUUUAUGUUAAUGAAAUACCCGGUGGACAAUACACAAAUUUACAAUUUCAAGCGUUUAGUCUUGGUCUCGGAACGCAAUUUGAGGAAGUAAAGAAGGCUUACACUGAAGCUAAUAAAUUGUUAGGUGAUAUCAUUAAAGUUACACCUUCAUCUAAAAUUGUAGGAGAUCUUGCACAAUUUAUGGUUCAAAAUAAACUUUCACCUGAAGAGCUUGUUGAACGUGUUGAUGAUUUGUCAUUUCCAUCAUCUGUGAUUGAAUAUAUGCAAGGAUCAAUUGGUCAACCGCCUGGUGGAUUUCCGGAACCAUUACGAACAAAAAUUUUGAAAGGCAAAGAAAAAUAUGAUGAACGACCAGGUUCAUCUUUGAAACCACUUGAUUUUCAAAAAAUUGAAAAUGAACUGAAGAAGAAAUUUGGUGAUGAAGAAAUACGCGAAUGUGAUGUAAUGAGUUAUGUUAUGUUUCCAAAAGUAUUAGAAGAAUAUAUUGAAUUUAAAAAAAAUUAUGGACCAGUUGAUUGUUAUGAAACAAGAAUAUUUUUUGUUGGACCUACACUAGGUGAACCAAUUGAAAUUGAAAUUGAACAUGGAAAAACGUUACAUAUUGUCGUAUUGGCAAUAAGUGAUCUUUUACCUCAAUCCGGUGAACGAGAAGUAUUCUUUCAAGUAAAUGGUCAAUUACGAUCAAUGAAAGUAAAAGAUACUGCAGCAUCUAAAGAUCAUAAAGUACAUCCAAAAGUCGAUAAGCAUAAGAAAGAACAAAUUGGGGCUCCAAUGCCGGGUCAGGUACUCGAUGUCAAAGUUAAAGAAGGUGAUCAGAUCGAAAAAGGACAAACAUUGUUGGUAUUAAGCGCAAUGAAAAUGGAAACGGUUGUUAAAUCACCUACAAGUGGAAAAAUUAAAAAGAUUCAUGUAAUAAAUGGACAACAAGUACAGGGAGAUGAUUUACUCGUUGAACUAGAUCAAUAG